AUAACUAGCUUGACCCUCUAAUGAUUAGCAAAUGAGCAAUAAAAAUAGAAUUCUUAAUUUAGGAAUGAAAUUUCACGUAUGGAGAUUAUUCUUUGAGAUUGAGAGAGAGAAGAAAAAAAAAGAGAGAAAAAAAAUUGGCAAAGCAACUAACAGAAAAAAGGGGGGCAGUUCUUUGCAAUUCAAAAGUAAUUUUUUAAAAGGUGUUAGAAUUUUAUGCAUGCAAAUUUUGGUUUCUAGUUAAAUGGCCGUACCAGAACCCAUAGAAUUGGGGCAUAACAGCGUUGCUGUUGCCAUUGAUAAGGGGAAGAAUAGCCAACAAGCUGUACAAUGGACUGUCGAUCAUUUUCUGAAAGGAUCAAAAGACACGACGGUUGUUCUUGUCCAUGUUAAAACUCACAAUUUUCAAUCUCAGAUGGAUUAUAGUCCAGCUGGUUCCGCCCCAUCAGAAUCUGAAGUAAAGCAAUUAUUCCUUCCUUACCGUGGAUAUUGUGGCCGAAAAGGAAUUGAUGCAUAUGAGGUGGUACUUCACGAUAUCGAUGUUGCAAGUGCACUAAUUGGUUACAUUGAGAAAUUUAGCAUUGGGAAUAUUGUUGUUGGUGCUUCAAAUCACAAUGCUUUUACAAGGAGGUUUAAACAGCAAGAUGUACCAACAAGUUUAGAAAAAUCAGCACCAGAAUUUUGUACAGUGUAUGUUAUCUACAAAGGGAAAGUGCAGACAAUGCGUUCUUCUAAUAUAUGUCACAUGCCUUCUCCAUCUUCAAGGACAAAUUUGAGCUCCAAGUCCUCAAGGUCUUAUUCAAGCAGCAAUACUAAGUCUAGUUACAGUAGCGGCGGCUCCGACACUAAGUCUACCACUUCCAGUCAUUCAUCUUCUAGAUCGCGAGGUAGGGGACAACCAAUUACUCCAUACAAGAAUCCCUCCAGAUUUCAAGGUAUGGGGCAGCCACCUACUCGUCCAUUCAGCAAUACUAGCUUCGAUAAUACUCCCAGGGUUAAAGAUUUUUGUAAUGUAUGUAGAAACUAUAGUCGAGAGGGGAAUGGCAUGUCCAAUGAAUAUCACGAGCAACGUCCUCGAACAUCCACGAGUUCUCAGAGUUUUGGUUCAGAUGAGGUAGACGAGGAUAUGAAGCAAUUAAAGCUCGAAAUAAAGCAAACAAUGGACCUCUAUAAAUCAGUAUGCGAUCAAGCUACAGCAGCAAAGCAACAGGCUGAUCGUUUUCAAGGUGGAGAAGAAGAUAACAUUGAUAAUAUGAAGCGUGCAAGAGAGGCUAUGAUGACAGUGGCAGAAUUAGAGCGACAAAAAUGCCAAGCUGCAAUGUAUGCAGCACAGUUGACAGAACGAUUAGUAGAGAUGGAAAGUAAAAAGCGAAAACUGGCAGAGGAUAGAGCUGCUAGUCGAGAAGAGGAAAGACAUAGAGCAAGCCAAGCAACUCAUCGAGUAUAUAACUUUAAUGAAAUUGAAGCUGCAACUAAUAACUUCUCUGAAUCAUUGAAGAUUGGUGAGGGAGGGUAUGGACCUGUGUAUCGAGCCAUGCUUCAGCAUACUCCUGUAGCAAUUAAAGUUUUGAGGGCAGAUGCAUCCCAAGGGUUGAAGCAAUUCCAACAAGAGAUUGAGGUGUUAGGACGCAUAAGACAUCCAAACAUGGUACUCCUCGUAGGAGCUUGCCCACAGUACGGGUGCCUUGUAUACGAGUACAUGGAGAAUGGGAGUUUAGAAGACCGAUUAUUCCGUAAGGACAAUACUCCUCCCAUCCCUUGGAAAACUCGAUUCAAGAUAGCAGCGGAGAUAGCAAGCGCCCUGCUAUUCUUACACCAGGCAAAACCAGAGCCAAUGGUGCACCGGGAUUUAAAGCCAGCAAACAUCCUCCUAGACGGAAACUACACGAGCAAGAUUGCGGAUGUUGGCCUAGCUCGACUGGUCCCACCAGCUGUAGCAAAUCAAAUAACUCAAUACCACAUGACUGCUGCAGCAGGAACAUUUUGUUACAUAGACCCAGAGUAUCAACAAACAGGAAAGCUUGGGACGAAGUCGGAUGUUUAUUCUUUGGGGAUCAUGUUGCUACAAAUUAUCACAGCAAGACCCCCAAUGGCAUUGUCUUACCACGUAGAAGAAGCCAUCGAUGAAGGUACUUUCGAUGAGAUGCUCGAUCCAACGAUCACUGAUUGGCCUGCUCAGGAGGCUUUGGCGCUGGCUAAGUUGGCUCUCAAGUGUAGUGAGCUUAGGAAAAAGGAUAGGCCGGAUUUGGAUUCUGAUGUUUUGCCUGAAUUAAUUCGGUUGCGAGACUUUGGUGUGAAUUCUUAACUUGAUUAAUGUCUUCUUUCUCUUGUUCUUUUUAUCUUCCUAGUUUGUAUCUUUUUGGUUUUCU